GCGUGUCACUUCCGGCAGCACAGCCUCACUUCCUCUUUCUGUUCGCUCCUCGCUUGUGCGGUUCCGACAUGCGCAUCGAGAAGUGUUACUUCUGCUCUGGGCCCAUCUACCCCGGCCACGGCAUGAUGUUUGUACGCAACGACUGCAAGGUGUUCAGAUUCUGUAAAUCCAAAUGUCAUAAAAACUUUAAAAAGAAGCGCAAUCCUCGCAAGGUCCGGUGGACGAAAGCAUUCCGGAAAGCUGCCGGCAAAGAGCUGACAGUGGAUAAUUCAUUUGAAUUUGAAAAACGUAGAAAUGAACCUGUCAAAUACCAGCGAGAACUGUGGAAUAAAACUAUUGACGCAAUGAAGAGAGUCGAGGAGAUCAAGCAGAAGCGCCAGGCCAAGUUCAUCAUGAACAGGCUGAAGAAGAACAAGGAGCUCCAGAAAGUGCAGGACAUCAAGGAGGUCAAGCAGAACAUCCACCUCAUCCGGGCCCCGCUCGCAGGCAAAGGAAAACAGCUGGAAGAAAAGAUGGUGCAGCAGUUGCAGCAGGACGUGGACAUGGAGGACGAGUCUUAGGGACCUUACUGUCUGUGCUGUUUCUGUAUGAAAAUCUCUCGUGGACACUUAGAGCUUGGAAACUCUUGGCCUGUUUGGUGCUAGUCCCUCGGCAGCCGGAGUCUUCGCUGCACUGCCGUCUGCCCACAGCGGCUGUGGUGCUGGGUUUCCUCCCUGGCACAGCCCGCUGGUAGACGUGCUCAUGUAAGUGUGAAGAUUCUGUGUGCAAGCGCAGAGGUGCACGGUGGACAUCAGACAGCUAGGCCAUUUGCAUGAUGACCUAGGCAGCAUUUGUGUAAAGAAGAACCGCCAAAAUUCAUAAAAGCAACACAUGAAAUAAACUUUCCUUUGCAUUAAAAUAUCCCACUUAGUAAUGUUAUGGGGGUACAGUAAGGAGCCAGUGAUGUGUGUGACAGCCUCCAUGUCUUGCCUGUUGAUUUUCUGGCUUAUUUUGUUGGCCUCUUACAGGACAGCAGGGCCGAGUUGCCCUGGGCUGUUGGGCCUGCUUGAGGGUCUGCAGGUGGCUGGGGUGGUGAGGAGGGUGGAGCGUCUGCCUGCGGUGGGGCCACGCUGCUUCGGCUUUGGGGGUGCUGGUUCUGGUAGGCCAGCUGUUGCUGAGUCUCUUGGCAGCGGAUCCCGGUGCCUUUCAGACUUUGGAGUGUGAGUUACUUUUAAAACUAAUUGUUUUGGAAAGUAGAAAUUUAUGGAUAGAACAUCUGUCCAUUAUUUGCACCUAAAUAAAACAAUCUGAAGUGCC